UUUAUCCCCUCCAACAAACCUCAAACCUUCUUCUUUUCCCAGUAGAGCAGUACCACUCCACCAUCCACUUCCCCCUCUACACGCUUCCUUUCCCCACUCUUCUUCCUUUCCACUGGGGAUCAUCAGUUAGUUACUCGUUAUUGGCUUGAUGGAAAGCAGCAACGAAGAGAAAGGAGUUCGAGCUGGUGGUGGAGGAGGAGCUGAGUUCGGAUACUCACCACCACCCCCAUUAGCGGCUCAGCAACAGAUGAUUAUGAGCCAUCAGAUCCACCACCAAGGCUUCGAUUCCGCGCCGUCCGAGAUCUUCAACCUCACCACCGGCAACGAUAUGAUCGGCUUCCCCAACUCAUCCGUCAAACCCCACUCUCCCCCCGCCAUGUGGAAACCCUUCGGCGAAAAGUCUGCUACCAGCGAACCCACCACCAGCACGAGUUCAGCGGCGAUGGCGGAGGGGUGGAGGCGGGGAUGAUGGCGGCGGUUGUGGAGGAGGAUCCGAUUAACAACAAUAAUUCAUCGAUGGUGUUUUCAUGCUCAGGAAACGAGUGGCCGAGCCAAGGGCUAUCACUUUCUCUCUCCUCCACCCACCCUUCCACCAUCGACCUCCAGUCCUUCGAGCUCAUCCGCCACAACCACAACCAGAGACGUAUUUGCCCUCGUUGGGAACGUUGAUGGAAUCAGGUCUAAGGUUUGUUGGAGGGGAUAAAAAAAUUAGGGG